AAGCAUUAUUGUGUGAACAAAAGUGUUGAUAAUUAGAAAAUCGCAUAUUUCUAUUAAAAACAAUAUCGGAUUGAAAUUAUGGCAGAAAGUAGCGAAAUUAAUGCAGAUUCAGUUAGUAAUAUUCAUAAAGAGGAAGACUCUACUGCGGAAGGAGCAGCAGAAAGGGAAAACAAUGAACUUUUAGAUAUGGUGUUUGCUUUGGAAAGCGAAAAGCAGGCCAUAAUUGAGGAGUCACGUAAACGUUUAGGUGCUCUACGUAAAGAAUUAGAGGAAAAUUUAGUGGAAAAUGAGAAACUGAAAAGAAAAGUACUUCAGCUGGAGCAGUCGCUGAAACAAUCAGUUAUGUUGGGAGGCGGAACCGACGCACCCAAAACAAAACAAGAUCAAGAGGAAUUAUUGCUAAAAGCUAAGACAUUGUUGUUUGAAAAGACCAAAGUCAACAAACAACAAGAGCAGCAUAUAGCUACUUUAAAAACGCAAAUUGAGGCAGUCAAAGAUGUAGCUCAUGUGACUAAAGACAUGCUAAAUUUAAAAACUGCUGAAUGCGAACAUAUGCAAACUAGAUUGGAGCAGUCGCAAGCAUGGAUUAAGGCCGAACAAGAUAAAUGUGCUCUAACAGAAAAAAAAUUAGCGAUUUCUAAGAGCGUCUACGAAAAAUUAAAAACUGAAUAUGACCUGCAGUCUAAAAUAUUUAAGGAUUUAAAGGAAGCUUAUGAGCAGAAGAUCAAAGUUUUAACCGAAACAGUGGAGAAACUCAAAGAGUAGUUGAUCAUCGGGAAAUGCAAAUAAUUUUCGAAAUUUUGACAAAUUAACUAAUAUUAGACAUUAUACUUACCAUUCACUUAAAAAUGUUUAGAUUGAAAGUCUUUAAAUCAUUUAAUUUUCUUUUUUUUAUUGAAAAUUAUACUUGGUCU